AAUACCAAUCGCUUCGGAGGCCAAAAGGCAAGCUUGUUUCGAAAGUAUAAAUAUUUCUGUUUUUUUCGCCUUUGACAGCCUGAUUGCUCUCGUCCGUAAAGCUUUUAGACAGAAGUGCACUGCGUGAUGUCUUCACCACCGAAAAAGGACGAAAAGUCUCCCAGAAAGUCUAUUGAUAAACAUGAGGGCCAUUUUUUGUUACCAAGUCCAAUUCCCACAAGACGAAUGCGGACAACUUCACAGUCAAAACUAGCAUCAGAUUCGCCAAUGCAAACCGGGGUCUGCAAGAGCUUCUGUCGUCAGAGAGGCCAUGGCUUUAUCACCCCAGAUGAAGGCGAACCUAGAGAUAUUUUUGUCCAUAUUUCAGACAUUGAGGGAGAAUUUGUUUUAAAAGCUGGUGACAGAGUGACCUACCGUACCGUUCCACUACCACCGAAAUGCGUCGAGAAACAAGCUGUGGAAGUUAUGAUUACGGCUGCAAAUGGACCUCAUGACACGUGGUCACCACUUUCCCACUCAGCCAUGUCUGCGCACUGACUCCACAUAAUUCUAGGCUUGUCAAAUGAUUAAAGAUGGAGGCUCAUUAGCUAGCAUCAUUUGAAACUGAAUUAAUAUUAUGAAUCCUUCCUGUCUGAUAUAGCAGAUAUUCGCAUUUAUUAUAUGAAAAUUAUUAAAAUAAAUUUUCUAAUUCGUCAGCACUGAGCCACAAGUAGUUUGCAAAGACUUAAGUCUACGACUUUGCAGACACUCUUUUCAUGUGAAGUUUUACUUUGAAUGGUUUCAUGACACGUUAAGUAUUCAUGCAAGUUGAUUAGACAGCUAAUAGUGGGCUAUCUUUUAAGACAAACAUAAGGCAUAGCUGUCCAAACAUUGAUGCAAAUUGUCUGUUUAUAUAGAAAACAAAAAAUGCAACAUUAGACUCCCCUCUUUGAGUUUGUGUUGCCAAACCAAACAAAAAUUAUAAUCCUGAGUUUAACUAGGAUGUUAGUGUUACUUUUGUCGAAGCUUGGUUAGGAACUUUGCUAUAUUUAUGUCUGUAAAUUGUAUCUGUAUGGAUUGAUAAUGCAUCAUGUGAUUAUAGGCAUCUUCUAUUCAUCUCAUGGGGAUCUUAAGUCGUAAAUAUAUGUAGCAAAGAAUUCUAGUUCUCUUCAUUGUAAAUACCC